AGCGGUCGCAACAAGAACGGCCGCGGCCACGUUAAGCCCGUGCGCUGCUCCAACUGUGCUCGUUGCGUUCCUAAGGACAAGGCGAUCAAGCGCUUCACCAUCCGCAACAUGGUUGAGUCCGCUGCCAUCCGUGAUAUCUCUGACGCUUCCGUCUUCACUGACUACGCCGUCCCCAAGAUGUACCUGAAGCUUCAGUACUGCGUCUCCUGCGCUAUCCACGGCAAGAUCGUCCGCGUUCGCUCUCGGGAUGGUCGCCGCAACCGUGCUCCCCCGCCGCGCAUUAGGUACAACAAGGACGGCAAGAAGCUGGCUCCCCCUCAGGCCGCCAAG